AUGUUUAAAAGCAAGUGCAAGUCUAUGGAAUCUUAUCCAUGCUAUCAAGAUGAAGAUACUAAGAUUGCUUUUGCUGACUAUACUGUGACCUAUCAAGAUCAGCCACCAAAUACUUGGUUUAUAGUAUUCAGGGAAACAUUUUUGGUUCCUCAAGAUAUGAUUUUGCUUCCCAAAGUAUAUACUACACUUCCAGUCUGCAUGCUACAUGUUGUUAAUAAUGACACAAUGGAACAAGUGCCAAAGGUGUUCCAAAAGCUGGUGCCUUAUCUUUAUACCAGGAAUAAGAAGGGAUACACAUUUGUGGCUGAAGUAUUUACGGGUGAUACAUAUGUAUCAGCCUCACGAUGGAAACUGCGCCUCAUUGGCUCUUACACUCCACUCCCAUGCCUCUCUCGGGACUCUCCAUACAAUGCUUUCACCAUAAAGGAAAUCAGAGAUCACUACAUACCCAAUGAUAAGAAAAUUUUAUUCAGGUAUUCAGCUAAAGUGGCAGUACCACAACUUGUUACGAUACAAGUACGCACGUCCAAACCAGAUGCUUUCAUCAAGCUGCAGGUCCUAGAAAAUGAAGAAAUUUUGGUGAGCUGCAUUGGAAAAGGCCAAGCUAUAAUCCCAGCAUUCAACUUCUUGAGAAGUGAUAAAACUCUGAGCUCCCAAUCUAGCAAACAAGUUCUUUUAUUUCACGCUGCAUCCAAGAAAGAACAAGAAGUAUAUGUUAAGAAGAAAUCUGCCCUGGGAAGUCAGAAAUCCUAUAAGGGUAAACCUGGAAAUAUAAUACAAGACACUGGUCUGCCUCUUUUGGAGGAGGAAACUACCAGUACACCCACCACAGAAGAAAUUGCUAGUGUGCCACAGCAGAAUUACAAGUAUAUUAUAAAGUGUUUGGUGUUAUAUAACAGUUGGCCUCUCACUGAAAAUCAGCUGACGUUUGUUCAAGCACUAAAAGACUUAGAGAAAAGUGAUACCAAAGCUCAUACUGAGAAACACGAGGAAUCAGUUACCUUGGGAAGCCCAGAUUUCCAUACAAUUAGUGAGGGGCAAAAAUCUUCAGGAACUUCUAAAACAAGGAAAGGCAAAGAAAAAUCUUCUGAGAAGGAAAAGACAGCUAAAGAAAAACAGGCACCUCGCUUUGAGCCUCAGACAUCCAUUAUGCACUCUCAGCAAGAAGACCCAAAUAAACCGUACUGGAUUUUGAGGUUGGUCACUGAACACAGUGAAUCAGAAUUAUUUGAAGUGAGAAAAGAUACAGAACGAGCAGAUGAAAUCCGAGCCAUGAAGCAAGCCUGGGAGACAACUGAGCCAGGAAGAGCAAUCAAGGCUUCGCAGGCUCGUUUGUAUUACCUCCUCCAGUUCAUUCAGAAACCCUGCGAAGCUGAGAGCGCCAGUGGGCCUGCGGCUGAAAGCCAGGCCAAACCCAUGGAAGAAGGUCAGUGAAUCCACCCCAGCUGCCUCAGAGCACACAGCUGUUACUUGCACCUCUUAAAAAAUAGUCAGUGGGUCAUGCUUGGUAAAAAGGACCCAUUUCAGAAUCUCUUUUCUUUAGGAAGUGGAAAAAGUCACGCAAUUUCAGCUGUGUGAACAGCACUUCAAUUAUCAAAUCGCUUUCACUCAUUUUCUCAUUUAGGUCCUACAUUUCCUCCCCCUCCCCCCAGCACACACACACAAGUAAAUAAGAAGCCAGAGAUAAGAGUGCAGCCUAAUUGGAAGGUAGCUGUAUGGAACUUGAAGGCAGGCCUGCUACCAUAAUUCUGUCGCCUUUCUGAUAACAACAAUAGCAAAUAAUAACAUGAAGAAUUACAAUAAUAAAGCUAACUUAGUUUAUUGAGUGAUUGCCUUGGGCCAGGCACUGUGCUUUAUAUUAAUUAUUUCAUUUAAUGCUCACAUCAAUCCACUGAAGUAUAUAAUAUUAUUUCCAGUUUAUCAAGAAAGACAGCAGCACAGAGAGUGUCAAUAAUUUUUUAAGUUCACAAGAUCCCCAGAGACAGAGCCAGCCUGCAGAUGGGGCCCUCUCGGACCCUAGCAUCUUCUAACAGCCACUUGACUGCUCCCUCUAUCACAACACUGGUCUGUCCACGGAGGCUGAGGACAUCCACAUCCCAAAUCAUGCUUCUCCAUUUUUAUAUCUUCAGGAAUGUAAUUCAAUAAUUGUUACACAAAUAAUGUCUCUUAACUUUUCAUAGGAACAGUGUGAACAGCAAGCAUCACCCUAACCCUACGAUCCUGGGAUGGGCACUGUGCCAAGCAUUUUAUACUCAUUAUCUCACUUUAACCUGUAGCAACUCUAAAGCAGAUGUUACUAUUCCCAUUUCACAGAUAAAGAGACUGAAGUUCAGAGGGUCACCUUUAUCUAGGAAGUGACAAAUUUGGGAUUUGAAAUAUUUCUAACUUCUAAAGUACUCACUCCUCUAAUAGUUAGAGUGUAGUGUAAUGUUAGCAAAAAUAUAGGUGAAUAAGAUUAAGUUUUUAUCUUUUUGGCUAUAGUGUUUAUUUUUUUAAUUUGUAUUAACAUAGAUGUAAAGAAAAUUACACUGGACACAUUAAAAAUGACCAAAAAACUUUAUUGAAGACUACUGAAACAGGGAAGAGAGACUGAACUCAACUUGGAAUACAACAGGGACAAGUGGGGAUUGAUAGCCAAUAAGGCCAGGAGAGGUAGUGGAUGGGAAAUUACCAAGAGGAACUUGAUUGCAUAUCGAGGGUGGGUAGACUCUGGGUAAAUUGGCUUCACAGGAUUCUUUGCUAAAAUGGAGUGAGCAGGCCAAAGACAGGGCCUAGUGAAGACCAGGAUUCAGAGGCGCCUGACUUUGUCCGUAACAUACACACAGUGAAGGCACAAAUCUUAACUGUACAGCUCAAUUAUCUUUCGCAUAUGUGCACACUCAGUAGCCACUGUUCAGAUCAAGGUAUAAAACACCAUGUCCCACAAGUCCUCCUCAUUCGCCUCCCAGUCACUUCCUCCCUCAAGGCAACCACUAGUCUAACGUCUGUCACCAUCAAUUAAUUUUGCCUAUUCUUGAACUUCAUCAGUUUAGACUCAUAUGUACUUUAUAUGUCUCAUGAUUUGGUUUUUCUGUUUCUUCCUGUGUCGGCAGUAGGAAACUGUGUUUUACAAGAAAUUUAUCCAUUUUACCUAGGUCCAACUUACUGGAGUAAAUUUUAUC